GGUGCAGCAGUGAGGGCAGUUUCAUAUGACUGCACCUGUGCUCACCCUACUCGUUCAACCUGCUUUACGAUUCGGUCACACCCCAUCUCCAACUACCCGAGUUCUACUUAUCAGCGGAAAUGCCAAGCCAAACAUCACGGCUACUUCCUCGUCCUCGCAGGUAAAACUUCACACCUAAACACACGGAGAGCUGGAGCGUUCCUUGUUGGUUCUUUGUUUCAUUCUUGCCUCCACAUCUGGCAGUGCUGAAGUUUGAGACAGAGGAACUAAUGUGAGGGCUGAGAAUGGGAUCAGACGAGGCCUACAACUUUGUCUUUAAAGUGGUUCUCAUAGGGGAAUCAGGAGUAGGCAAGAGCAACUUGCUUUCACGCUUUACUAAGAACGAGUUCAACCAUGACAGCAGGACCACUAUUGGUGUGGAGUUCAGUACGAGGACUAUGGAGCUGAACGGCCUCACUAUUAAAGCCCAGAUUUGGGACACAGCCGGAUUGGAGCGGUAUCGUGCCAUCACCUCAGCUUAUUAUCGGGGUGCUGUUGGAGCGCUACUAGUUUAUGACAUUUCAAAGCACCUGACCUAUCAGAGUGCCGAGCGCUGGCUGAAGGAACUUUACGACCAUGCCGAUCCCCAAAUUGUGGUCAUGCUGGUUGGUAACAAGUCAGACUUGGCAUCGGUACGAGCUGUGUCAACCGAGGAUGCAAAAAAUUUUGCAGAAAAGAACGGAUUGCUGUUCAUGGAAACCUCUGCAUUGGAAUCAACAAAUGUUGAGGCCGCUUUCAACAACGUCCUCACAGAAAUCCACAAGAAAGUAAGCAACAAAGAGGUGACCCGUGGCUCAGUCGGCGCCAUGUCACUGUCCAAUCCCAACGCCUCACCCACUGAAGCUCAGGACGAGAAGAAGCCCUGCUGUAAAAACUUAUAAGAAUGAAGAUAUGGCAAAAUAUAGAGGAAUUGAGAGGACCACAUUGUGUCUGGAGGGACACGGUGCUGUCUGUCCAAUGAUAAAUCCAAACGAACCACUGUUUGCUGACUGAUGUGGCCAUACGUAUUUCUUUGUGGGAUGUCACUACUGUGUUACUAUCAGGAGAAAGUAUUCUUGUGCAUGUUUUUUAGGCUGAAAUUGCUUUCUUAGUUGGUUUUCCUGUCUUCUCUCACAUGCACGCUAGCAUUUUUAGCAUUUCUUAGUGUUGUAAAAAGGAUGUUAUUUAUGAAAUAAUGUCACCAUGUAGCAAUUGUCUUUAGUCAUAAUUUAGAAGUAAUUUCAAAUGAUUGUUAGAUGUAAAUUUGACAUAUUAAAAACAUUGUUACACUAAAAGUUGUCAAAUAACGAAUAAAACUGUGCACUACAUUUCAUGCCUUUCAAUCUUCACCCAGUUCAAUCCUUAUUAUAAUAAGGACACACGUUUUCUUUUAAUACUGAUAUAUCAAUCAAACAAGAUAGAGAUGGACUGUAAGCAAUGAUUAAUAAAUCGAUUAUAUGCCUGUGAAA